ACAUCGCUAUCCCUGAUGAUUUCCCAGGAAACGGCUUGUAACACCGCAUGUGGGCCACCUUGUACAUGCAUAUAUGUAUUAAUACAACGACGAAACUCGCUUACGAACGAUCACGGGACUAACGUAAUAUCGCCUAGGCCCCACUACUCGAACCGAAGAUCGGAUCGAGGUUUCAAAGUCCCUGACGAAGAGCAAGCGCGCGCCAGUACGCUCCUUUCGUUACUGCAGGCAGCGAGGAUGAAGACAUUAAUCUCGGCCGUUUUCGCGGUGCUGUGCAUCCAAGCGGUGUUCGGCGUAGAUACUAACGAGCACAACAAAGUUGUCUGUUAUUGGAAUAGUACCGCUUAUGAGAGGCAAGGUCCAGCAAAAUUCCAAAUUGAGGACGUCAGAGCCGCUUUAUCUCUUUGCACUCAUCUUAUUUACGGAUAUGCUCACAUCAAUUCCGAUUUUGAGAUUGUUCCCGGUUCGCCGAGCUUAGAUACCGGAUCGGGCUACUCCUAUUACAGAUUAGCCACGCAGCUGAAGCGAUCGUUCCCCGAUCUGAAGAUCUACCUGAGUGUCGGAGGGAACUCCGAUCCUUACGAUGAGGAACACAAAUACCUCGUGUUGACCGAAACUUCGGAAGGCAGGACGAGGUUCAUCAACUCCGUGAACAGGCUGCUGAACGACUACGACUUCGACGGAAUCGAUCUUGCCUGGCAGUUCCCGCCGGUCAGGCCCAAGAAACAGCGCAGCACUCUCGGUUCCAUCUGGCACGGUUUGAAGAAGAAGCUCGGCUACGGGAAAUUCAAGGACGAGAAGGAGCAGGAACAUCGCGACGGUUUCACCAUCUUAGUCCGUGAUCUCAAGGCGCAACUCAGGGGGAGAGUGAAGGCCCUGACUCUCACGGUGUUGCCUCACGUCAACUCCACCACUUACUACGACGCCAGACUGCUGGCGCCCAACAUCGAUGCCGUGCAUCUUUUCGCCUUCGAUCAAAAAACACCGGAGCGUAGCCCGAAGGAGGCCGACUUUACAGCACCAAUUUAUGCAAGUUACGGACGCGUGGCGGAAGACAACCUUGACGUUGCGACGAGUUACGGGCAUGAGGAGGCUGACAAUAUUGAUGCCACGGCAAGGUACUGGCUGGAGCACGGGACCCCCGGUAACAAGAUCGUCGUCGGUAUUCCCACGUACGCCCGCACGUGGAAGCUGACGGCCGACAGCCAGAUUUCCGGCGUGCCGCCCAUCGUGACCGACGGUCCAGGUGCCGCCGGGCCUAACACCAACGAGCCGGGGCUGCUGUCCUACGCCGAGAUGUGCUCCAGGCUGACGGAGCAUGCGGCGGGACGGCUGCGCCGAGUCGGCGACCCGUCCAAGAAGUACGGCAGCUACGCCUAUCAGGCCUACAACGGCGAGACCGGAGCGGAGGGAAUCUGGGCGGGCUACGAGGACCCGGACACCGCCGGCAACAAGGCCGCCUUCGUCAAGUCCAAGGGCCUCGGCGGCGUCGCGAUCGUCGAUCUGUCCCUGGAUGAUUUCCGGGGCGUCUGCACCGGCGACAAGUAUCCCAUUGUUCGGGGAGCCAAGUACAAGUUGUAAAGGAACGGCUGAUUCGAUCUGGAUGGCAAUCGAAAUCGAAUCUCGGAAAUUUGUCUGUCACUAUGUAUACCCGAGACUGAGGGAAAAACUCGGAAAAAGAGAAUUAUCUUGGCUGCCGACCGCAAUUCACGCACGAUGGUCGUGUUAUUUAUACACGUAAUACUUCCGAGACUUUUAACGAGAGGAUUUUCAACGAGAGAAAUUUUAAUGAGGGAACCGUAAUGCUCGCGCUUCGAAAUGUAUUGUACGUACGGAUAAUAAAAACAAAAAUAUCUUCCUGCUUUAUUA